AUGAUAAAAUUAAUUAAAAGCUUAGACUAAUUCGGAGCAUCAUUUUAACCUAAUAUCCAGUAUAGAUCAUCAGAAUAUAAAACUGUUUAAGGAGGAUUAAUGUCUGUCUUACUUUAUGGAUUAAGUUUGGCAUAUCUUAUUUACAUGAUAGUUUUAUGGCAAAGUGGAUAAAUAUUACCAAAAAUUACUACUUUAUCAAAUUUUGAAUAAGAUUACAAAUUGGAAUUAUAAUAGAGAUUUAUAUCAGUAGAAAUGAGAAAAUACUAAUAUACAUCUAUAGAUCCAUUCAACCCAAAUGCUUUGGUUCUUUAACCUAUUAUCUAUUAUUUCAUUAAUGGAGAAUCUCCUAAUCAUGGAUAUCCUAUAAAAUUUCAGAAUAAAAUUAAUAUGUUUAAUUUCCAUAUCAUUGAGAUUCAAAACCUAACCAUACAGACAAGUAGCUAAUUUUCCAAUGAAAACCCUUAAAUUGAGAUGAUGCUUGUUUUUGGUUAAUGCUCAGAGUUAUAUUUAUAAGAAGGAUAGAAAUGCGCUGAUAAUGCAACAAUUUAAAAUUUCUUUAAUUAAUAAACUAAUACUUUAUUAGUCAAACAAUCUAUAAAGGAAUUCAAUACUAAUACUGUCACAUUAGAUGAUAUUGAUAAAGAAUUAGUCAUUCCUCUAACAAAAGAUAAUACAUUUUUUGCUUAAGUUAUUACUAAAAUUUCAAAUACAUAAGUUGAUUAAGGAUUUCUAUUUGAAAGUCUUGACUAAUAUGAAUAUAUCACUGAUUAUUAAAUAACUGGUAAUUCCAUGAAUAAGGAAUAUUUUGAGAAAAAACUUGGCUAUGAAGCUUAUGCAGUAUUCUAUUAUUAAGUUGAUUAAAUUCAAAGUAUUUCUUAAAUAAGUUAUCCUAAAUUAAAUGAAAUUCUAGCCGAUGCUGGUUCUAUUGCCUCAACUCUUUUAUUAUUAUCCUACAUAGUUAUUCAGAUGAAUCAAAGUUAACUUUAAUUUGAGGCAGUUAAUCAUAUUAUUUCUAUUUAUUAUCCUCAUUUCAAAAAUUUCAAAAUUAUUAAAAAUUUUUUAGGUAAAAUAAUUCGAGUUGAAAAUAACGGAAAACUUAUCAACCUUAAUCUAUUCUUUCCAUAUUAUGAAAAAUUAAAAAGAAUUGGUGAAAUGAAACUCUCUAUUUCAAAUCAAAUUUAUGAAAUAUCUAGAUUAUAGUUUAUGCUAUAAUCUCAGUAUUCAAAUAAAUUUAUUUCUAAGUUUCAUAAAAUUGGCAUUCCUUUAAGUAAUCUGGGUUAAGAUUCAAUUUUAAUUAAACAAGAUAAUUUAUUUAAAUUUGAAAAUAGCAUUAUUCUAUAGGAUUAAAACAAUAAAUUUAAUUCAAUAGUAAGAUAUUUUAACAUAUUAGAAACCUAGUGUUGAAAAUUAAGAUUCAUAGUUGAAAUAAAAAGUUGUUUCAAGAAAAGAAUCUAAUUUGAUGUUGGAUACAGUCAAAUAAGAUGAAAAUUCAAUUGAUCAUCCUAGUUUUAUAAAACUAGAUUCUCUAAGACUCAAUGAACUUAGCUUAAAAGAUGAAGAUUUUGAAUUAUUAACAAUGCAAGAAGAAUUUAUUUAAUUAGAAGAAAAGUAAUUAAACUAAAAGAAUUAAGAAUAAGUAAACAAAUUAUAGCAUGAUCAAUCUAUUGUAGAUUUAAUAAUAUAGAGUUAAGCAUAAUGA